AAACAGCGACUUGUAAUUGUUUUCGUUGUGGAUUAGACAUAACUAGUUUUCUACGAGUAAAUCUGUGACUUUCAUAUAGCCGACAGUAUAUAGUAUAUUGACAUCGUUAUGACCUGCUUCUUUUGAAAAGAAUUUUAAGAUUUUGAAAACUUGUCUUCCCCACUCCCUUUUUUAUCAGGAGACUCGACUAUUGAUUUAACAUAGUGUAAAUAUCAAAGUCACUAUGACACAUAUGCAGUGAGAGCUAAAGUAAUACAAUUGUAGAAAAAUUGCUUUAAGUAAUAUAAUACCUUGUUCGUAAAAAUUACUUUGUCUAGAUUUCAAUUUUCAACUAUUAGAACCAGUUUUAUUUUAGACUGUCCUGGUUACAACUAACACAUUGAAAUGUUGUUUGGAAAUUAAUAUGCGAGUUAUUUAUUUUAUCAGGACUUCACCAAGUAAUGACGUGUCAAAGUAUGUCAACUGAUAAGCGAUGAUUUAUCAAAUUUGCUUACUGAAUAGUCAUAUGUCUAUAUUUUUUUUCUAAGUUGAUAGACAUGUGAUCUAUAUUUCGAUCAAUAUUUCGUGGAGGAAAUCUUACCCAAAUUGUUCGCAUUAAUUAAAACAUCUGAGAAAGUUAUAAUGAGUCCUGAAGAGAUAAGAACGGAGUUAGAAAAUAAUCGCUCUUUGGUAUAUGACAGAGAUGGCAACUUUACGGAUCUUUAUUAUUAUAAAGGAAUCCCCCUACCAGUAGUUCCGACCAUACCAUCAGUGAUAUCAACCAUUCAGAAUUUUCCUCUAAGAGAUAAUGACAUUUUCAUCUGCGCCUAUCCUACUGCUGGUACACAUUGGAUAUGGGAAGCAACUAAUAUGAUCGUCAGAGGGAAAGCCGAGAGGAUUCCAAGAGUUAAAGAAGAGUACAUGGUGGAUUUUAUAGAAUCUGAAAAAUUUGAAUCAUUAGAAUCUCCGCGAGUGUUGAAUUCCCAUUUUUAUCCAAGUUUUCUUCCUGAAAAGUUAUUGAAGGAAAAUAAAAUCAUCUUUGUUGCACGUAAUCCUAAGGCAGUGGCUGUCUCCUACUACAGACACACUUUCGGCAUAACAGAAACUCAUUACAAUGGAAAUUUCCCUAGCUUUUUUGAGAUGUUUAUGAAAGGCGAUGUUCCUACAGGUGAUUAUUUUAAAUACACAAAACAGUGGUGGUCAGUAAUAAAAGAUAAGCCGAAUGCUCUGAUAGUAACAUAUGAAGACGCUUCAGAGGAUUUUCAAAAGGUUGUUUUAACCAUAGCGGAAUUUCUUGACAAGAAGAUUUCAGACCAACUUGCUCUGGAAAUUGCAGAUAUGUGUUCGUUUGACAAAAUGAAAAAAGAAAAGAAAGUAGUUAAAGAAGGUCUACUGCAAAUUACGUUUAAGGAAAAUUGUAGUUUUUAUAGGUCUGGAAAAGUUUCCACUUGGAAGGAAUGGUUAACUGUGGACCAAAGUGAACGACUGGAUGCACGGAUACAGUCUGAACUCAUUGAUCAAGAAAUCAUUUUGAAUAUUUAAGAAUCUUCCUCUCACAAAGACACUACUUACUACUACUACUACUACUACCACUACCAACAACAGUAAUAAAGCAUCAAAGCAAAUAAACCAGAUAUUGUUGUGAAAGGCCAAAAGAA